CGGGGUCCUCCGAGGGCACCCGACAGACUAUCCAAGUUAUAUGACUCUCAUGUGCAGAAGUCAGAGGUCUUAAGGACAAUAUCAAGUGCAUGUGGGCCAUAUAAUUAGGGUGGUUCUGCCACAACCAUGGAACCCAAUCCUUACGACACGCCCAAAUCAGACUAUAAAAUGAGUACCCCGGCCAUGUCCAACUGCACCUUCAACAACAAACCACCACCAGUGCUACUAUUAUAAUCAGGUAUUUCAGAAUUUUAUUUCCUGUCGCCAAACAUACACACGACCACUUCUUCCUCCUUUUGGACAUGGAGCGUGCAUCCUUGGUGGGUGGCGCCAUGGCGUCCCUCGCCGUGAAGCUCAACUCCAUCCUCAUGCCCAAGUAUGAGCUCAUGGCGGGCGCGAGGACCGACGUCCUCUUCCUCCGUGCUGAACUCGAGAGCAUGCACGCCUUCCUCGAGAAGCUCUCCGCGGUGCGUGACCCGGACGCCCAAGUCAAGGCCUGGACCAAGGAGGUGAGGGAGCUAGCCUAUGACAUCGAGGACACCAUGGACGAGUUCAUGCACCGUGUCGAAGCUCAUGGUGGUGGCAUCACUAACGUUGAGUCAAGUAGAGGCCUCCUUCCAGGGUUCGCAAGCCGUGUCUCGCGGCUUGUGAGCACGGCGUGGACGCACCUCCGCCUUGCCAACAAGCUCAAGGGCCUCAAGGCCCGUACCAUUCAGGUCAGCGAGCGGCGGUCGAGGUACAUGUUCGGCGAGGACCUUUGGGUUUCUAGAGACCACAUGGUUGUCGAUCCUCGGAUCAAUGUCCUCUAUGCCGAUGUGCCAGAUCUUGUUGGCACUGAUAGCGCGGUGACUAACAUCGUCGACUGGUUGAUGGAUGGAACCACUAGUCUCAAGGUGCUCUCCAUUGUUGGGUUAGGCGGUCUGGGCAAGACAACGCUUGCCAUGGAAGUGUUCCGAAGGAUUGGAGGACAAUUCAGUUGUAGGGCUUCAGCUGCCGUAUCACAAAAGCUUGACGUGAAGAAACUCUUGAAGGACUUGCUCUCACAGAUUGCUCAAGAAGAGGUUGACCGCAUGGACACGUGGGAGGAGGGUCAACUCAUUCGCAAGCUGAGGGAGCGCUUGUUAAAUAAAAGGUAAGCAAGGUCGAGCUACCAACGAUUUUUUUCUUACAAGUUAUGCAUUGAGGUUAAGUAGUUGGUAUCAAGACAGAGAGUGCCUAUAACAUGGCAUGUUAAAAAGACAUGAACUUAGGAUCUAUAUAUAGCACACAAUGCACAUAUAAGAAACACACACACACACACAAAAGUAAGUCAGAACGACUCAUAGUUUAGAACUGUGGGAAUAAGAAGCCCUAGCGACAAUGUGUUAGGACUGCCCUCAGGCCUCAACAAUGGAAGACCUUUUUUGGGGGGAGUUUCUGGCCUCACAGAGCCUGGUUUUUAUGACAACAUUUUGAGCUAUAUAUCCAACUACGACGAUGGAAAACCAAACAAUGCUAGAGCUGCCUAUGCUAUCUUAAUAAAAAGACAUGGACAAAUCUCAUGGAACUUGAUUUGAGAUGACUUGUGUGUGAACAGGUGGGAGCAUGAAACUACUUUUCUUUGGAUUAUUAAGACCCUAAUUUCUCUACAACACUGCUAUCUAGCCUACAAUUAAUGGCCUAAACAAGUUGAACUAUCUGCAGAAUCUGGGUGCCUGUGAAUCAAAAUCUGAACAUUAUAUAUGAAAAGACCAUGUGCUUCAAGGCACCAAUACAAUUAUUCCAUUAAACAGAAUGAAAACAACGAUAAAAUUCUGGAAGUUUUCUAACUAUUUUAGAGAAGAACAAGAUCCGCACCCUUAUUUUCAUGGGACAACUCAACUAUGCAAGAAAUAUAGUAUUUUGUGUUUGCUAAUACUAAAUAAUGAU